GCAUCUGCGCCCGCAGCCGGUCCGGCGCGCUGGCACCGCGCGCCGAGGCGUGCGCUCUUUUCCCCGCGCGCGCGCUGCGGCUGCCCCGCCCCUCGCGCCCCCUGCUCUGCGCCUGGACAGAUCUCCGAGGCGUCCCCGCCCGCUCAUCUUCCCGCUGGGCCACGCCGCGGCCAUGCGCGCGAGCUACUAAAGCAGGCGCACGGCGGCCACAGCGGCCAGCUCGCCCACCCUCUCCACUUCCACACCUCUCGCUCACCCCCUCACCCACCCUCCUCACUCGCACCAUGGCUCCCGUCGCCGAUGCCGCUGCGCCGCCGCGCGCCCUGCGCGAGAACCUGACGCUCAUGGCCACGCACGAGAAGAAGCUCGAGCUCGUGCGCAGCCCCGCACCCAAGCCCGGCAAGGGCCAGGCGCUCGUCCACGUGCGCGCCACGGGUGUCUGCGGCUCUGCAGCGAGGAGCCGGCAUCAAUGCGCGCGCUCGUCGUCUGUGUGCCACGCGCCGCGCGCACGUCGGGCGCGCACGCAGAGAAGGGCCUCCUCUGCGCGCGCGCAAGGCAGCGCCUCCUCAGGCUCGUCAGCAACUGACUCGUGUGCCUCAGAUGUGCACUUCUGGCAGCACGCCGGUCUCGGCCCGUGGAAGAUCUGCGACAAGACUGCUCUCGGCCACGAGUCCGGCGGCGAGGUCAUUGCCGUCGGCGAGGGCGUCACCAACGUCAAGGUGGGCGACCGCGUCGCCAUCGAGCCGGGAGUGCCGUGCGGCAAGGCGACGUGCAACUUCUGCCUCACGGGCCAGUACAACCUCUGCCCCACUGUCGACUUCUACUCAGUGCCGCCCAUGGACGGCACGCUGACGCGCUACCACGUCCACCCCGCCGGCUGGCUGCACAAGGUGCCCGACUCGAUGUCGUACGCCGAAAUUGCGCUGCUCGAGCCGCUCUCCGUCUGCCUGCACGGCACGCUGCGCGCCGAGCUGCGCCUCGGCAUGCCCGUGCUCAUCACCGGUGCCGGCCCCAUCGGCGUCGUGCAGCUGCUCUGCGCCCAGGCCUCCGGCUGCUCGCCCAUCGUCAUCACCGACCUCUCGCAGGAGCGCCUGGCCUUUGCAAAGGGCCUCGUCCCCUCGGUGCACACCUACACCGUCGACACGAAGAAGGAGGCACAGGAGACGGCGCGUGAGAUCGUCGAGCUCUUCACGAGCGUGGCGGACAUGGGCGUCGAGGUCAUGCCCGCCGUCACGAUGGAGUGCACGGGCGUCGAGUCCUCCAUCGCGGUGGCUGGCUACGCGACGGCAAGCGCCGGUCUCGUCUUCGUCAUCGGCGUCGGCAAGUCGCACAUCAACAUUCCCUUCAUGGAGUUCUCGACGCGCGAGGUGUCGCUCAAGUUCCUCUUCCGCUACCGCGACACGUGGCCGCGUGCCAUCCGCCUCGUCGCCGGCGGCGUGCUGGACAUCAAGCGCAUCGUCACGCGGACAUUCCCGCUCGAGCAGGCAAAGGAGGCCGUCGAGCACUCGGCGGACCGCUCCACGUUCUCCGUCAAGACGCUCAUCAUCGACGAGAGCGACUAAGUCCUUCCCCUGUGUCACGCUUAUGUCCCGUUUCCCUGAUCGCACGCUCGCAUGGAGGCUCUCAACACAUAAUUUUGCUCCGCUC